AUGCUCGCCAAAGCCACCCAUCUGCACACCUCUCCGCCUGCACGAACAUGGACGCCGGCAACGGCUGCCCUGCAAGUAGUCCAGCCACGCGCCGGGGCCUCUCCGCCCACAGAGGCGGCGACCUGCCGCGCGGCCAACGACAAACUGGCUGAGGCGGUGCGGUCGAGCGUAGGCCGGCUGGCCGGGUUUGCAGUGACGCCGAUGGGAGAGCCGCGUGAGGCGGGGAGGGAGCUGCGGCUGGCGGUGCGGGAGCUGGGGCAAAACCUGGUUUUCUACGAUAAGGCGGAAGGGAGCAUGCAUACACCAAGAAUCAUGUUCCAUAAAACUCGGCUCAUUCGGUGGCGGCCCGUUUGUUCAGCAGAGCGGCUCGCCGGACAGGGACAUGCGGUUGCGGGGAGUAUAGGGUGUGGUGGGAGGCGGUGGAGGAGCUGGGCGUGCCGGUGUAUUUGCAUCCGAAUUGGCCCAGUGAGGGGGAUGAUGGGGAGGUAUAGGGGCGGGUUUGGGGAGGCGGCGGCGCGGAUUCAGGCGCUGAGUCGGAGAUGGGGUACGUUUGAGCGGGAUUUUGAGACGGUGUAUCGGGAGAAUAUCUGGAUCACGACGAGUGGGAACUGGAGUCUGGAUCCGCUGCGGUGUAUCCUGGCCAACACCAAGCUGGACCAUAUUCUGUACAGCGUUGACUAUCCGUUCCUGUCGAACGAGUCCGGGCUGGAGUGGAUUAAGGAGCUGGAGAAGAGUGGCCUCGUGGAUGAAGAGCAGCUCAAGGCGAUUGCCUAUGGGAAUGCUGAGAAGCUGCUGGGGGUCAAGCUGCCAGAAAGUUUUGUUGGUGCGUCGAGUUGA